AUGACAACGUCGGCCACUGGCGUGCCGUGGAACUUCACGUUGAGUAACGGCAACGUAGCAGAAACGAUGGAGGUGUGCGAAGAAAUGUUGCGGAAACGCGGCAUUCCGCUUAUACCGGAAAAUGAUGGCAGAGUCUGGUGCAAUGCAACUUAUGAUACAAUAUUAUGUUGGCCGCCAACACCGGCAAACUCGUCAGUCACUUUACAGUGUCCGCAGCUGAAGGGUCUUGAUCCGACAAAGAAUAUCACAAAACAAUGCCAUGCUUCGGGCCGCUGGUUGGGACGGAGUGAAAAUGAAACCGAGAUGGGUAUAGGCUGGACCAAUUUCAGCAUGUGCUACACCGAAGAAGUCAUUUAUAUAAUGAACAAUCUCAACAAUGAGUCGCUUGCGAUUGCUCAAGAAGUUGCUCGUAAUGCGCGAAAACUUGAAUUUGUCGGUCUUGGCCUCUCAUUUGUAUCACUUUGCAUUGCAAUUUCAAUAUUUUCAUACUUCAGACGCCUUCGAGUAUUUCGAAAUCUACUGCACUUGCACCUCAUGAUCGCCAUGUUGAUGGUGGUUAUUAUUCGUCUAGUCCUCUAUAUUGAUCUAAUAUUCACCGGGGAUCAUGGUCCCUUGGUCAAUCCGUCGGAUGGCAAAACUAUAAAUACAAUGCCAUUCGUCUGCGAAGGAAUGUUUUUCCUUCUAGAAUAUUUCAAAACAGUCACAUUCUGUUGGAUGUUUCUGGAAGGAAUCUACUUAAACAAUCACAUUAUUUUCGGGGUUUUCAGUUCCGAGCCGAGUCUCACCCCAUACUGUCUUGCAGGAUAUGGAAUCCCAUUGGUGCACACCCUUUUAUGGCUCAUGGUUGUGCUUAUCAAAAAAGAUUUCAAAGUUGAACGAUGUCUUGGCUCAUACUAUUUGGAGCCAGAGUUUUGGAUAUUAGAUGGUCCCCGAAUGGCAGAACUUGUGAUUAAUUCAUUUUUUCUAAUCAAUGUUAUUCGUGUGUUAUAUUUCAAAGUUCGCGAAACCUCCGGUGGGAGUACAGCCGAAGCAGCUCUGAUUAAAUCCGUCAAGGCUGCAUUCAUGCUGAUACCAUUACUGGGAGUCCCCAACAUAAUGCAAACAAUCCCAUUUGCUCCGACACGAGAUAAUAUAAUGUUCUUUGCGAUAUGGACUUAUACUGCCUCAUUCACGUACAUGUACCAGGGUUUGAUAGUUUCCAGUAUAUACUGUUUCAUUAAUAGAGAGGUCAAUCAAGUAUUGAAGGCAUUCUAUGCUCGUUAUCGAUUACUGCACAAAUCUCAAACAGAGAUUCGACGCGGCUCGCGAAGUGUAGCUUCUCAUUAUCAAGCAAAAAAUGGUAACGCCACUUGCAUGGCUACCAACACUGAUGAAACGGGAAAAUUAAGUCCGUAUUCGGGAAGGCAUAAAAAAGGAAGCAAUGAUUCGACGACAAAAUUAGUUAUCAAAGAUACGCCGAUCGAUGAAAGCAACAGAGCAAAUAACAAUAAUAAGUACGGGACUGCCAGCGAGUUUGUACCGCUCAAAAAUGGAGAAAAUUGCCCGAACGAGAUGUUCGGGCGGGUUGAUGAUGGUGCCCAGAGCCCAGCUUCGGCGAUGAAGGCCCAAGGAUCUGAAAUCUCUUUCUACCCACCAAAGAAGGUCCCGAAAGGGACAGAAAUUUGUCAUGAUGGACUGCCUUUCGGCGCUUUCUACAAGUACCAAAGGGUGGAGAAAUGGCAAAAUUCACAUGGUGCAUCGACCGCGGCGGCGAAUAUGAGCGUCAAGGACAUCGUUUAUGACGCGGUGGUAAAGGCGAUGGUAAGCGAUGCGCCAAAAGGAAUUAUUUGCCCGAUCUCAGCAGACGAAAUCAUGUGCCCAUUCCCAGACUUUCCAGAAAUCGCUGUGAAAGAUCUAAUCUUGAAAGAGCAAAAAGUCACUUCUGAUUAUCGAAAAUUCUAUAUGGAGACGACCGUCCAACCGGAUGCAGCGCUUCGAGAUCAUGUUUACAGUUGCGGGUUCAAGAGAAUGAAAGCUCUCAAAUUCGUUUAUACCGCCAUGGUCGAGGAUGGGAUUGAUCAACUGAUCCCUGAGGAAGAAAUCAAAAAGCUUGAUAACCUUCUUGACGAUGGAGCUGACAAUGGAGGUAGCGGAGAUGCGCUACGCGAAGAGCAUGUUACCCUCAACAAGCAACUCGCGGCGGUACUCGCGAGUGCGACUUCGGAACCGACGGUGACGAUCGGCGGACUUGGCAGUCUGGGAUUGCCUUAA